GCAUGGAGGCAAAUGUACGUUAAAACUCCUAAGCUAAAAACAGUCUAUUUCUUCCUGUCGAACUGGUUCGGUUACUUUAUCUGCGUUUUGUUAACGUACGAAAUAAAUUACAAACAGACUGGUUAAUAAUAAAUAACCCUUUUCCCGGAAAACCUUUAACUACAAAAUAGUUAAAUUAGCCGACCGUUGUUCUUAGCUAGCUGGUUGUGUUUACCAACGUCCAGUUCUCAUCUAAUCAAAGAGAUGGACGGUUACUCCGGAGACGUUGACAGCGAUUCUACAAAACAACAAGAAAGACAUUACUACCUGCUAUCGGAACUGCAAACCUUGGUCAAAGACUUACCAAGUUCCUUCCAGCAGCGUCUGUCCUACAACACACUGAGUGACCUGGCUCUGGCACUCAUAGAUGGGACAGUAUACGAGAUUGUGCAGGGCCUCCUGGAUAUUCAACAUCUCACAGAGAAAAAUCUGUACAACCAAAGGCAAAAGCUUCACUGUGAACACCAAGGACUCAAACAAGAUCUUGUACGGAAACACAAAGAUGCCCUGCUGUCGUGCAAAUCUCACAACCUUGCCCUUCUCAAGUCAAACCAACAAGCAGAGCUAGAGGCUCUGGAAAUCCGAGUGCGAGAGGAACAAAGAAUGAUGGAUAAGAAGAUUGUGGCAGAAAUCGAUCAAAAAGUGAUAGACCAGCAGAACACCCUCGAGAAGGCGGGAGUCCCUGGGUUUUAUAUCACCACUAAUCCUCAGGAGCUGACUAUGCAGAUGAACCUUCUUGAACUGAUCCUCAAGCUUCAACAGAAGGAGUCGCAAUCUGGAAUAAUAUGAGAAGAAUGAUACACAGGCCUAAAUGUGCCUAUUAAGAAACAGAAAAACAUGUUGUGGCCACAAACAACACAUUCCAGUAACUGUGAGCUACAGCAUGAUUUGUCAACAUGUAACACUGCUGUUUCUAAGCAGCAACAGGUUCAGAAAAUGUUGAACAUGUGUUGUUCUGAGUGUAUCAUACUCAAACCUGUGGGAAAAAGCUGGUUCUCAGGUGUUUGAGUAAAAUGAUCCAAGUCCUAGUGGAGAGCUGUAGCAGGCUGUGGCAACUUAGAAGCCGUUGUGAAAUGAGGAGCUUACUUUGUUGCAUAUUUUUCAUCAAUACGUUGUAAACAUCUUUAGGGACACGAUGGAGCAAAAAGAACAGUGGUUUUAACUCAGACUGUAACCGUCAAGUAGUGAGAUGGUCUCAUGUGAGCUUCUUAAGACUCAGAAGUGUCUCCUGUUGCAACAUUUGAGGUGGAAGGGAAAUUGUAUUGGUUUGUGUGCACACAGAGCAAAAUCUGAGCAACUGAAAACAAAGAAUUUGCACUUUUCCAAAUAUUUUUGCUAUUUGAAGUAGUGGAAGUUUGUUGUGCAAAAGUCUUGUUUAUUGCUGGCAUCAAGGUUUAAGAUUGAAACAAGCCAUAUGUUAUGGGUCUGUUUGGACCAAACUAUUUGGGAAUAUUCUAAUAUUUUUCUUACACAUUUGCUGUUUAUUCUAUUUUAUUUUUUGUAUCUGUUCAGUUUGUUUUGGUUCCGUGGGUCCAAACUAAGUGUUGAGUCAACACAAGUGCAUUCGCAGCGAUAAUGUUAAAAUGUCAGUGUUGGUUAAUGAUUAUUGUCUGACAAAUAAGUAACCAUAUACAUUUAAAUUAGUAAUAUGGUACAUGCAUAGAGCUGCCACUUGAGGCUUGCAGUAGCUUCACUGGACAUCAAAAAUGCAUGGAUGCAUAGGUAAAUAAAUCUGCAGCUGAACAGA